GAGGGGUGUGUGUGUGUGUGUGCGUGUGUGUGUGUGUGCGUGUGCGUGUGCGUGUGUGUGUGUGUGUGUGUGUGUGUGUGUGUGUGGUGAGAGACAGAAGGACUGAAUCACAUGUUCUGCUCUCACACUGCAGUUCAACUCUGCUCUCAUCACAUCUCCUUUAUCAGUGUGUAAGUGUGUAUUCCGUGUUGUGUGUAAGUGUGUGUUGGUGUGUGUGAGUGUGUGUUGGUGUGUGUGAGUGUGUGUGUGUUGGUGUGUGUGAGUGUGUGUUGGUGUGUGUUGGUGUGUGUAAAGGGACCCAGAUGGACUAACACAGAUCAGGACUGGGUGGACGUAGGAGAAGCGUCACUAAGGCCUGUUAGUGAUGGUAUAUCUGAGUGCAGGAGCGUGUGAGAUGAGCUGAGGUGUUUAUGAACUACAGGAAGUUCGAUGUUUGCUGCAGAAUCACUUCCCCACUUCAAAAAGCAGCAGUGGUACAGUGGGCGGGUGAGGAGUUCUUCACCCUGUGAAGGUGCGAGGACCCGGACGAGAGGAACCCGAUGGCGUUAAUACGGGUGAUUGAGGUCUGAAGACCUGAAGGUGAUGGGGUCGCGUAUGUUGGGUAAAGCGGCACCUCUCGACCUGCUGCUGGACUCCUGCAUCAGCGCUUUCGAUGAUGGUGGAGAGCUGAACGCUGACCCGUUACCCCGGACCCUCCUGCUCAUGCACCGCUGGUACGUCUCCUCCACAGAACUGGCGGGAAAACUCCUCAUCAUGUAUCGAGACUGUACAGGAGACGAGCGUGAGACGACCCGGCUGAAGAUCUGCUACCUCAUGAGGUACUGGAUCGUGGAGUUCCCGGCAGAGUUUGAUCUUGAUCUGGGUCUCAUUAGACUGACGGAGGAGUUCAGAGACGUUACAGCUCAACUGGGUUACAAACAACAUCAACAACUACUGGAUAUAUCAACCAUCCCCUCGUAUGAUUGGAUGAGGAAGCUGACCCAGAGGAAGAAGCAGGUGAAGAAAGGUAAAGCGUCUCUGCUCUUCGAUCACCUGGAGCCCAUGGAGCUGGCCGAACAUCUCACCUUCCUGGAGUACAAAUCCAUCCGCCGCAUAUCAUUUACCGAUUAUCGGAGCUACGUGGUGAACGGCUGCGUGCUGGACAAUCCCACGCUGGAACGUUCCAUCUCUCUGUUCAACGGCGUCUCUCAGUGGGUUCAGCUGAUGGUGCUCAGUAAGCUCACGCCUCAACACCGGGCCGACGUCUUCAGCAAGUUCAUCCACGUCGCUCAGAAACUUCUUUACCUGCAGAACUUUAACACCCUGAUGGCCGUGGUUGGAGGUUUGAGUCACAGUUCCAUCUCUCGCCUGAAGGAAACCCACGCUCACCUCAGCACCGACGUUACCAAGAUGUGGAGCGAGAUGACGGACCUGGUCUCGUCGAAGGGGAACUACAGCGCCUAUCGUAAAGCGUACGGCGACUGUGAGGGGUUUAAGAUCCCCAUCCUGGGGGUCCACCUGAAGGACCUGAUCGCCGUGCACGUGGUGUUCCCCGACUGGAUCGAGGAGAACAAACUGAACCUGGUGAAGAUGCAGCAGCUCUACAUCACCUUCAAGGAGCUGAUGACGUUACAGAGCUCGGCGGCUCACGUGGAGCCCAACAUGGACCUAAUCCACCUGCUGACGCUUUCUCUGGAUCUCUACUACACUGAAGACGAGAUUUACGAGCUGUCGUUGUUACGGGAACCUCGAAACCCAAAAUCUCUGCCCACAUCUCCAACAACACCUAAUAAAACUCAGGCUCCUCUGGACUGGGCUUCAGGAGUCACAACCAAACCGGAUCCGUCCAUCGUGAACAAACACAUCCGGAAGGUGGUGGACUCGGUGUUCCGUAAUUACGAUCACGAUCACGACGGUUACAUCUCUCAGGAGGAUUUCGAGAGCAUCGCCGCCAACUUCCCGUUUCUGGAUUCAUUCUGUGUUUUAGAUAAAGAUCAGGACGGGUUGAUCAGUAAGGAUGAGAUGAUGGCGUAUUUCCUGCGAGCGAACCCGGUGCUGCAGUGUAAAAUGGGACCCGGGUUCAUCCAUAACUUUCAGGAGAUGACGUACCUGAGACCCACCUUCUGUGAGCACUGCGCCGGAUUCCUGUGGGGGAUCAUCAAACAGGGCUACAAGUGCAAAGAUUGCGGAGUGAACUGUCAUAAGCAGUGUCGUGAGUUGUUGGUGUUGGCGUGUCGGAGACUCCCUCACUCCACCGGGGGCGUCUCACCUGGAGCUCACAGUUCGUUACCCAGCAGCCCCACGCACCCCACCAGUAAAGAUGAGAACGAGGUGUUCGAGUUCCCCGCCGUGUCCCCGUCAGACUCAGACUCAGAACCCAAGUCCAUCACGCUGAUGACCGGCUCUGCUCAGAGGAUCUCCGUUCGCUUCCAGAGAGCCACCACCAGCCAGGCCACCCAGACCGACCCGCUGUGGCCCGAUCACGGCUGGGGCGACUCCGGCUCACACACCUUCCCCAAGAUGAGGUGCAGACCCCAUCGUAAGAACUCCAAAAACAGAGGCUUCGCUUGCUGGGAGAACGAGGCGAGCGGGACGGUGCGAGAGGAAUCUCAGGAACAUCCGAUGGUGAAGGAGGAGAUGAACGGGGUCGGGGCGUGUCAUCACCAUUACACACACACUUCCAAGAUCAGCUGACUUGAUGACCGUAAGAGCCCGAUAAGGACCCAGGGGAGAUGUUCAGCUCCGCGGCCCAGAAUGCUCUGCUCUCUGGGGGA